AUGUCUGAAAUAGAAAAAUCGGAAACAAAAAGUGAAGAUUCAAAUAAGUCUUCAGUACCAAUAGAAUUUGUUUUUCCAGAAGAAGCUGAAUAUUUUAUUCAAAGUAUUAGAGAAUUUCAUAUAGAAGAUAUUGGUUCAAAUAAAUGGAUUGAUAAUCAUGAAAUAAUUAUUAAACUAAGUCAACAAGCUGCUUUAGAGGCUAACCAAUAUCGUGAGGAAUCAAUUAAAGAGUACUUGAUUAUACAUGGAAAACUAAAGAUGUUAGUACACGAAGCUUUUCUGAUAAUGAUUUGGAAAACAAAAAUUCUACCAAAAUUAUUAGAUAUUGAUCCAAAUCCACCAGCAAGUUUUUUGCUAUAUUCAAUUCUAUUUCAUGAAGCAUCGUUAAUUUCUUUAUUAGAAGUUGCACUUUAUCAUCAAAAUGGAUGUGAAUCUUUAGGUGAAACAGCUCUUGAUUUAACAGAUUAUUGCGCUUUAGGUAUAUCACAACUUAUUGGUUUGGUGAGUAUGGGACAUCAUGAAAAUUCGACGGAAGUCAGUAUUGAUGAAUCAAUUCUAACUGAAAUGGAGCGUCAAAAAAGAGAUUUAUUGUAUAAGAUAGGAUUACGGUGUAUAUCCAUACUAAAUUAUCUUGCUGAUAAACUAAAUGUUUUACCGUUGAGUGUUGGAUCUCGUAUGAUAUUUGUUCAUGAUAUUCCGUGCCUUUUGAGUGAUGUACUACAUUUAAGGCCUUGGCUGAGAAAAACUAAUAAAGGAUUUGAAAAGUUUUCAGAAGAAAAAUGGAAAUUGGUAGAUAGUGAUGAUCUCUUAAAAGUCGAAAAACUGGAAGCCCAAUCUUGGUUUUGUUUACGUCAACUUUUAUUUAAUCAAAAUUUAAUGUCAUCAUAUGAAAUUAACGAUUUUAGGCAAAGACAUUUAGGAAAGUGUCAGGGGCUUUUGAAUGAAACCAUUGUCGAUCAGUUGCCACCAUUAGCUGAAUUGAAACAUCACUUAGCCACUUUGCAAAUAAGUAAAAACGUAACUUCUAACAAAAAUAAACUAAAUCUCAUUCUAGAGGAAAUUCCUCAAAUUCAAAGCAAAAUUUAUAAAAAAGUCGAACAGGCUGGUGGUUUUACUCAAAUUGCUGCUGGUCAGGCAGAGAAAAUAUUUCUAAACAAACGAGAUGAAAUAUUUGAAUUGGCUAAAAGAUUGAAUAUGGCAUAUAAUACAGAGCUGCUUGCUAAAAUUGAAGAUAUUCAAAAUAAAAACAAGGAAACACUUCCAGCUGAAAAAGGUAAAUGCCAAAAUUGUAAGAAAAAAGCUGAAAAAAAAUGUGCAAAUUGUCUCACGGCAUUUUAUUGCUCAAGAGAAUGUCAGGUUGAACAUUGGUCGGCACAUAAAAGUAUUUGUUUAACUCAACAAAAAGUGGCAGUAAAAUAAGCUUUUUAUUAAAUUGCUG